AUGUCGGCCCCCUCAACUGGUUGCCACCGAAAGGUUGCCUCUCAGCAGCCUACGUGUGACGAGAUCGAAUCCGCAUCACGCUCAAAGAUCCUCACCGAAGCCGAUUGCUACUCAGAACUUGGAUUUUCGUUCCCAUCCUCUAAAAAAUGGACGAUAAUCAUUGUCAUAUUCCUCGUGCAGACAACCAUGAACUUCAAUACCAGCCUUUACUCCAAUGCCAUAUCCGGAAUCUCCGAAGAAUUCAACGUGAGCAAGCAGGCGGCUCGUUGCGGUGCAAUGAUCUUUCUCAUCUUAUAUGCCUUCGGGUGUGAGCUCUGGGCACCCUGGAGUGAAGAGAUGGGCCGGAAACCUAUCCUUCAACUGAGUCUUUUCCUGGUCAACAUAUGGCAAAUCCCCGUCGGUAUUGCUCCCAACUUUGCUACCAUCAUGGUUGGUCGGGCUCUUGGUGGGAUCUGUACAGCCGGCGGCUCCGUGACGUUGGGAAUGAUAGCAGAUCUAUGGGAGCCUGAAGACCAGCAGUAUGCAGUGGCAUGUGUGGUGUUUUCGUCUGUUGGUGGAUCAGUCCUUGGUCCUGUGGUCGGGGGCUUCGUGGAAGCAUACCUCCCGUGGCGAUGGAACAUCUGGAUCCAGCUUAUCUUCGGUGGCUUCGUCCAGCUGGCUCAUUUGAUCCUCGUUCCAGAAACAAGGACAUCGGUUAUGAUUGAUAGGAUUGCCAAGCGGCGGCGAGAAAAGGGGGAGAAUGUGUACGGCCCGACUGAAUUGAUACCUCUCAAGGACCACUUCUCAGGGAAGGAGAUUGUCGGGACCUGGCUUCGACCGUUCCACAUGCUGCUCACCGAGCCCAUCGUGCUGUGUCUCUCCCUGCUAAGUGGCUUUACUGACGCUCUGAUCUUUAUAUUCAUUCAAUCCUUCGGACUCGUGUACGCACAAUGGAACUUCAGUGCCGUUGCUGUUGGUCUUUCCUUUCUUCCCAUCAUGAUAGGCUACGUUAUCACCUGGAUCAUGGUCAUCCCAGUGAUCAAACGCAACAUUCACGAACGUCGCAGCAAGCCCAACGACGAGAGGGCCCAAUACGAAUCUCGACUCUGGUGGCUUCUUUACACUGCCCCGUGUCUUCCCAUUGGACUUAUUGGUUUUGCAUGGACAAGUCUUCCGCAGGCACAUUGGAUUGGCAGUAUGUUCUUUUCAGCUUUGGUCGGAAUUGCCAACUUUAGCAUUUUCAUGGCCACCAUCGACUACAUGAUUUGUGCUUAUGGUCCCUACUCGGCGUCUGCUACAGGAGGUAAUGGGUGGGCUAGAGAUUUUUUGGCUGGUGUGUUGACUGUACCUGCGACGCCCUUUUAUGAAAAUAUUGGUGGGAACUAUCAUUUGGAAUAUGCGUCGACGAUUCUAUUCUGCAUAUCCUUAGUCCUUGUCGCGACAAUUUAUGUCGUCUACUUCUAUGGACCUACCCUUCGCAAACGAUCACCGUUCGCCCAGAAGCUAUUGCACGCUAGGACAGACAUACACGCAACAAUGGAACACAGAAAGUAG